AUGGUAACAACGCGCAAAGGACAAUCGACAACGACUCACCCGAUUCCUAACCCCGAAAGCAACCCCGUCAUGACCAACCAAGAGUGCUACCCGUACGGAAUGCCUCAGACCCAACCGGAACCUGUGAUACAGCAAGUCCAGCCGAACGCCAGUCAAACUCAACCGAACUUUCAAGAUGACUUGCGAGCACUUCGCGAGGAAAUGGCGGCCAUCCAAAGGCAAAGAGAAGCCGACGCCCGAGAGCUGGCCGAGCUACGCCGGCAGAACGCUGAGCUUCGGCAUCUGAACCAAACAUAUGUGCCGACCACUCCUACGCUCGUAGAAGAGUCCGCCUAUCACGCCCCAACAGACCAGGUCACCCGAACCCCAGUCACUUCUUUGAUAGCCAACAAGGCCGACACCACCGUUCACUCCCUAAGGCAUCCUUUUUCCAGGAGAAUCAUGGAGGCAACACUGCUGGACCAUUGGAAGAGCAUGCCGAUUGAGAAGUACGACGGAUCCUCCGACCCAGAAGAGCACUUGAAUGUUUUCUUGACUCAAGCAACCCUCUCCACUCAAGACGACUCGGCUCUGUGCCGAAUAUUCCCCACGUCUCUGAAAGGAAGGGCCCUGGUUUGGUUCACAAGGUUACCGAGCUCUUCCAUUGACUCGUUCAACGAACUGUCUUCCCAAUUCACUCUCCAGUUCGCAACGAGCAAGCCGUACAGGACGACCUCACUAGCCUUAGCGGGGGUUCGUCAAGAGAAAAAAGAGAGUCUGAGGACUUUCAUGGACCGGUUUAAUAAAAUCGCAAUGGAAAUCGGCGACCUCAACCCUGCCGUGGCAAUGGACCGGCUGAGCACGGCACUCAGGCCCGGACCCUUCGUAAACAGUUUGUGCAAAAAACCGCCGGUGGAUAUGAAUGACCUCCGACGCCGAGCAGAAAAAUACAUGCAAAUGGAGGAGUUGGCAGAGACCCGAAAUCAGGCCAGAGCCGAGGAGGGUUAUAGCCGAAAGGAGCCCGGACGAGAACCAGUGAGGAAGACCAACGCCGAACCCCUAAACACCCGCCCCCCGAGAGGACCCCACUAUACAGCGUAUACUCCCCUCAAUGCAAGCAGGGCCAAAGUAAUGGAGCAGGCUCUUGCAUCAGAAAUCAUGGCGAUGCCGAAAAGAGCGAACACGCCCCCUAGAGCCGACAAGGCGAAGAAUUGCCGAUUCCACCGAAACCGGGGACACUCCACCGAAGAGUGUUCAACAUUGAAAGACAAGAUCGAGGACCUCAUCAAACAGGGAAACCCACCUACAAAGUCCAUGGAUAUGUUAUCCCAUUUCCAUAUAGGUAUGUCUAAGGAUUGA